AAUUUACUGUCAACUCUUUGAAUGAUGAAAGAAUUAUUCUACCUAGUUUCAUUCUAUAUUAUUUCUGUUUCAAGGACGACUUUUGUAAGUUUAGAAUGGGAGAUUCAAAAGAUUGCAUCCUCUUCGAAUGAUUCUUAUAGUUUAGAUAUAAAUGCAACAUUUUCUCUAUCAUAUUUUACCGAUUUAAAAGAUUAUUUUAUACUUUGGAGGAAUUCUACUAAAAGUAAUUUCAAUUUGGAUUAUUAUGAAACUUAUUAUUUUACCAAUGUAAAUGCUGGAACAAAAUUAGAAAAUACUCACUACGUGAAAAAUUCAAUAGAUUUUCUAAAAAGUAACUUAAAGUUUGACUAUUUCAUUUACAACAAAGAUGUUUUGAAAUACUACGAAAUAUGUCUAAGGAUAUUGAAGAUAUCGGCUGGAACUGAAUCUGGAUAUUGUAUUCAAUUGAAUGACGAACUGUCGGGAAAAAUUGAAAAUAUACCAAAAUUUGUUGAAUGGGAUGAAACUAUGGAUAAAAGUAUAAUCAGCUAUUUAAAAGGAGAAAGAUUUUCGUAUUCAAUUGAUUUUUGGCUUUAUCAAACGAAAGUCAAUUUUGAAAUAAUCAGAUCAUAUAACAAAAAAUUGAAUGGAAAGUAUCAAUGGUCAGGGUACGGACAUUCUAUAAAUUUGAAUACUACUUAUAACAAUGAGAAUUUGGGUCAAAAUAUUACUGGAGAAGUUUUUAUUUUAAAAUCUAAAGAUAAAAUGCAUAUUGUUAAUGAAAUUUCUUUUGAAAAUACAAGCAAUUCUAUAAAUACUGAUUGUAGACUGAGCUUUCUUAUUUAUCAAUUCGGAGAAGAUUUAUCUACAUCAAUUGAAGAUGAUAAUACAAAAAUUGCAUCAUUCUACUCAGCUAAAGAUUUACUUAUUAAAGAAAGAAGCAGGUCAAGAAUCUUUGAAAAUUUACAUCCUUAUUUUCAAGGAUGCGAUUUCAAAACAAGUGAUGGUUACAAUGUAAAAAAGUCAAUUAAUUUUACCCUUCCUGUAUUAUCUGGUAAAAUAAAUUGCUUUCAUUGCAAAGUUCAAUAUGCUUCAAUGGAUGAUAUAUAUUUAGAAAUUUACAAAGAUAAUAGGAAAUUAUCAAAGAAUACUUGGAUAAUGAAAGAUAAAUUACAUUCUAUGAUUACUGUUGAUUUACCAUAUCCAACAAUUUCUGAUGAAGGACUUUAUGAAUGUCGGGCAAGAUCAAUGCUAAAUGGAAUUUUGCCAACAGCUUUUGCUAAUGUACAAAUUUAUCACAAUAAAAUCUUCUAAAAUCGAGUUACAGCGAUCAUUCAUAUCUUAUAUAAUUGGCGCUUUAUAAAGCGGCACUCUUUCGGGAUUGUUCUAUAUUUACGGAUUUACUGCAUUACCAAUCCGUCUAAUUUUUAUUUUCCGUUGUGCUCAUGCAGAUUCGAUCAUGCUUUUAUAGACGACAGUUAGGCACUACUCAAUACCUGUUCUCACAGUCAUCGAUCAUUUCUCUGUAAAAAUUUAAAAUUGAUUAAUACCAUCUUUCAUAUGAUAAAAAAAUCCUGUGGAGGGCAAUAUCUGUUCUUCUCUAUUUAAAAAGAUAUAAAAACGUAAGAAAUCCGUGAAAG